AAGGAGUAAAAAAUUGAUUCAUUAGUUUUACGGCGUCGUUUCGUGGGGGGCACCUUUGCUAAUUCGGCAAAGUUUAGUCUGAAGAAGGAAGCAUCAAUAGAGAGGAUAGAGGGGACGACAACAAUGGUGCAUAGCGCAUACGAUUCCUUCACCCUCCUCAAUGAUUGCCCCCUGAAGAUCGACGCCGUCGAAUCACACGGCUCAAAGCUACUCGUCGUCUGCUCGGAUGGAUCGCUCCGGGUCUAUGUGCCAGAGUCCGCCGUCUCCGACCGCUCGACGCCGGCGGAAUUCCACCAGCACUCCUCGGAGCUUCGCAAAGAGCGGUACAUCCUGGAGCGGACAGUCAACGGAUUCUCCAAGAAGGCGAUGCUGGCCAUGGAGGUAAUCGGGUCGCGGGAGCUACUUCUGUCGCUCUCUGAAUCCAUCUCGUUCCAUCGGUUGCCCAAUUUGGAGACUCUGGCCGUGAUUACCAAGGCAAAAGGAGCUAAUGCGUACUCCUGGGACGAUAAAAGAGGGUUUCUCUGCUUCGCGAGACAAAAGAGAGUUUGUAUUUUCAGACACGACGGAGGAAGGGGUUUCGUGGAGGUGAAAGACUUUGGAGUACCAGAUGCAGUUAAGUCAAUGGCAUGGUGCGGAGAGAACAUUUGUUUAGGAAUUAGAAGAGAAUACACCAUAUUGAAUACCACCAAUGGAUCAUUGUCUGAAGUGUUUCCUUCUGGGAGGACUGCCCCACCCCUUGUAGUGUCCCUUCCAUCUGGGGAACUUCUUUUGGGGAAGGACAAUAUUGGAGUAUUCGUUGACCAAAAUGGAAAGCUUCUUCAGGAAGGUAGGAUUUGUUGGUCAGAAGCUCCUUCUGUUGUUGUCAUUCAAAAUCCAUAUGCAAUAGGUCUCCAACCAAGACACGUUGAGAUACGCUCUCUUCGUUCUCCUUACCCAUUGAUACAGACAGUUGUCCUCCGCAAUGUCCGCCGUAUUCUUCAGAGCAAUAACGCUGUAAUUGUUGCUCUUGAGAACUCUGUAUUUGGACUCUUUCCUGUUCCUUUAGGUGCACAGAUUGUGCAACUAACUGCAUCUGGAAACUUCGAGGAGGCCUUGUCUCUGUGUAAAUUGCUUCCACCAGAAGAUUCAAGCCUCAGAGCCGCGAAGGAACAGUCAAUUCAUAUAAGAUAUGCACACUAUUUGUUUGAAAAUGGGAACUAUGAGGAGGCUAUGGAACAUUUUUUGGCAUCUCAAGUAGAAAUUACUUAUGUGCUUUCACUAUACCCAUCCAUCUUAGUUCCAAAAUCUGCAGUAGUACCUGAACCCGAGAAAUUUGUGGACAUGGCUGGGGAUUAUCCAGAUCUUUCAAGAGGUUCCUCUGGCAUAUCGGAUGAUAUGGAAUCUACUAAUAUCUCGGAGUCUGAUGAGACGGAUAUCGAAUCCAAAAAAAUGAGCCACAAUACUUUGAUGGCUCUUAUUAAGUUUCUGCAGAAAAAGAGAUAUAGUAUCAUUGAAAAAGCUACUGCUGAGGGAACUGAAGAGGUUGUUUCAGAUGCUGUAGGAGAUAGUUAUGUUCCCUAUGGGACAGGUCGGUCCAAGAAAACAAACAAGGGUCGUAUAAAUACUCCUUUCAGCUCAGUUGCUCGGGAUUUGGCAGCCAUACUUGACACUGCAUUUCUGCAAGCAUUUACUUUAACUGGACAAUCUUCAGCGGCUUUGGAUUUGCUUAGAGGCAGUAACUAUUGUGAUGUAAAGAUCUGUGCUGAAUUCAUGCAAAAAAGGGGCCAGUAUAUAUGUUUGUUGGAACUUUACAAAAGCAAUGGAAUGCAUCGUGAAGCACUAAAACUUCUUCAUCAAUUGGUGGAAGAGUCUAUGUCAGACCAAGCACCAGCUGAGAUGUCGCAGAAAUUCAAGCCUGAUUUGAUCAUUGAAUAUUUAAAACCUCUAUGUGAGACAGACCCCAUGCUCGUUUUGGAGUUCUCAAUGGUUGUUCUUGAAAGCUGCCCAAUGCAAACUAUUGAGCUAUUCUUGUCUGGGAACAUUCCAGCAGACAUGGUCAACUCUUAUUUGAAGCAGCAUGCUCCUUACUUGCAGGCUACAUAUCUGGAGCUGAUGCUUGCGAUGAAUGAAAAUAGCAUUUCUGGAAAUCUUCAGAAUGAAAUGGUGCAAAUCUAUCUUUCGGAAGUGCUGGAUUGGUAUGCAGAACUUAAUUCUCAGAAGAACUGGGAUGAAAAAAUAUUUUCUCCGACAAGAAAAAAAUUACAGUCUGCUCUGGAGAGUGUCUCCGGGUAUAAUCCCGAGAUCUUACUGAAGCGACUCCCUCUAGAUGCAUUGUACGAGGAACAUGCCAUCCUGUUGGGAAAGAUGAAUCAACAUGAGCUUGCCCUAUCCAUUUAUGCCCACAAGCUUCAUGUUCCUGAACUUGCCCUUUCCUAUUGUGAUCGAGUAUAUGAGGAAAAAGUAAAAUCUCACAGCAAUAUAUACCUCAUGCUACUACAAAUCUAUCUGAACCCUCAGAAGACAACAAAGAAUUAUGAAAACAGAAUAUCUAAUCUGGUAUCAUCCAAGAGCUCAGGGACGCUUAAACUUGGUCCGGGAGCCACUACUAGGCCUCUCAAGGGAAACCGCUCUAGGAAAAUUGCAGAGAUUGAAGGCGCCGAGGACAUGCGAAUCAGUCAGAGUGGGACGGAUAGUAGUAGGAGUGACGGCGAUGUGGAUGAUGCUGGUGAGGAAGGGGUUUCUGCUAUCAUGCUUGAUCAGGUCCUAGAUCUGUUGGGACGGAGGUGGGAACGUAUCAAUGGAGCUCAAGCCUUAAAACUCUUACCACGGGAGACAAAGUUAGAGAAUCUGCUCCCUUUUCUUGGUCCUCUUCUGAGGAAAUCAAGCGAAUCAUACCGAAACUUUUCAGUGAUCAGAAGUUUGAGAGAGAGUGAAAACCUACAGGUAAAAGAUGAAGUGUAUAACCAGAGGAAAGCAGUGGUGAGGAUCACGGGCGACAGCAUGUGCUCUCUUUGCAACAAGAAGAUUGGGACGAGUGUCUUUGCAGUGUACCCAAACGGAAAGACAAUCGUUCACUUUGUUUGCUUUAGGGAUUCGCAGAACAUGAAGGCUGUCACCGGCGGCCGCAAGAGAUGACUUUUGCCCCCCCCCCCCAAAAAAAAACUCUCUUGGCAUUUGCAAGCAACCGUUUUGUCCUAUUAGGAAGUACUUUACAUAAUUUUUGUGUGCUGGUUGAUGUGGGUACCCUUUGUCCUAAUUUUUUGUAUUUGUGAGAUUUUGAUAUAAGCGUUUGGGGUUUUGGAGCAUUUUUGUUGUAGAAAGAAAACAAAACAAUUGUAGUGAUAAAUUGUAAAUUUAUUUUCCUUUAUUCAAAUAAUCUUUGUGUUCUCCUUUUUAUUUUUAUCUAUUUCAAAUUAAAUUACAGUGAUCUUA